AUGUUAUUACAAGCAAACUAUUGCAGUUGUAUUGUGCAUCAAGCUCGAAAUUUACCAGAUAAAGGCAAACAUGGUGGAGUGGACGCUUUUUGUACUAUAUCUAUGGGCAAAGAAAAGUUUGUUACUGCUGUACGAGAAAAAACUCGUUCACCUGAUUGGGAAGAACAAUGUGACAUGCCUAUUGCUGAGGAUUCAAUAAUUAAGCUAACUGUUUAUCACAACAAUAAAAAUGCUUUAUCUAAAGGUGAUUUUGUUGGUCGUGUGUACGUUUCGUUACGUGAUUUACAGGAUUAUGAUCAUGUUCAUCGAGGUUGGUAUAAACUUACAAAUAAAGAUGGUAAAACUGAUAAAGAACGUGGUGAAAUUGAUGUAUCAUUACAAUUUUAUUCAAAAAAUAACACAACUGGUAGUGUAUUGGAUUUAGCAACAAAAAAGAAGCAUUUGUCAUUGAAAGACAUUAAACAAUCCUUAGGUAGUAAACUAAAAACAGCAUCGAAACAUCGAAAAAGUGACAACUUUAGUGGAGAUAAUCAGUUAGCUGAACAGCGUCGUCGCCUAGGUGGCGGUGAGGAUAGUACAUAUAACGUACGGGAUUUUCUCGACGAUUCAGCAUCGGAGUCGACAUCAAUAGCUGGUUCACAUAUGUCACUUAACAGUAUGUCGUAUACUACCAAUGCCGAAUCACAAAAUAAAAAGAUGCCUCGUGCUCCAAGUAGUGGACUUGGAUCGACAUUUGGUACAGGAACACCACAUUCAUCACGUCGUUCAAUAACAUCAGAUUAUGAUACAUCAUCAAUACUUGAUUCAGCGUCAAUGUAUGGUGGAGAUGAGCCAUCUACCCCAUCUCCUCCUGUUCGCUCUCAAGUUCAACAACAACAACAACAACAACAACACCGUGAAGUGUAUGUUGGUGAUGAUUUACCACCACGAAGUAAUUCAAUUCGUAAAAAAUCUAAAGAGCCAUCGCAAUCAAACGCAUUGCCAACAAUUCUAACAACAAAAAUCAAUAAUAGUUCUCCUCCACCUCUAUCAACGGAGCACAGUAGAAGUUUUUCUGUUACUGGCGAUGACAUCGAAGCAGCUUUCGAUGCCAUUAGCGAUUAUAAAACUUCUGUAAAUGAUUCAUCAUCAAAUAAAACAAGAGAACAUGAAAUGUCAUCGCCUGAUUCAUUAUUUGGAUUAUCAACAAUAAAAGAAGCUACCGAUACUGAUGAAUUUAUUCUUGGUACGACUUCAUCACGUCAUCACAAGGAUGAAGAUAUAGAUGACAUUGAUUUUGACAAUUGCUUUAAUAAAUAUAAACACCAACAAGAAAAACAACAGACAACAGAAAAGAAACCAAUCGAAGAGAAACCAAAUAAAAAACUAGCUCCGUCAACACCUGUUUCUCAGAAAUCACAAAAACCUCAAGAAAUCAAACAAGAAAUAAGAUCUAGUCAUCAUUCCAAAGAACAAAAGCGUACAGCACCUAUUCACACUGAUGUUAUACCUACUCCAUCGGUUUCAAUGCCAAUAACUAAAGUUGAUUUAACUCCAACACCUACUGUGACUGUUUCAACAACAAAACCAAAAGAUACUUCUUUAACAGAGCUCGACGAUUCGAAUGAUUCUAUUGAUGAGGAUGUUGAUGAAUUAUUGGGCAAAUUAGAGCGAAUGUCCAGUAUACGUUCUUCGGUUAAACGAAAAAUUCAACCAAAAGACGAUAUAAUGCAACAAUCAUUUUCUGAGCAAUUAUCCUUUGAAUGUCAACAUCGUCCGAUUAAUUUGAAGUAUUCAACACUUCAAACCGACAAGAAAAUUCAAAGUCGUGUUUUAUCGUUCGAUGACAUUGAUGAUAUAGCAACGCCAAGUAUCGAUAUUGAUACUAAGAAUGUUCUUGAUUCACCAGCAAACAAUAAAUUUUUAAGUGGUUAUACUCAAAAUCAAUCAUCAUCAUUUGGUAAUCGAACAGAUAGAAAUGGUCCUGCAACACUACCUGAUAUUGUUGGUGAGCAAUCGGGAAAAAAUUUACGUCAAGGUUCAUCUCAACACCAAGUAUCAUCAUCCGUUUCAAGUAAUACAAAACCAAAUGACAACGGUCUCUGUGUACUUGGUUAUCAAAAUGUAAAAAGUGCACCUGUUCAUCCGAAAGUUCGUCAAGAACUUGAUUAUCUUGAUCGUGAAGAGCUUCUUCAUGUUAUUGCAUAUCAAUCAGACUUGUUGAAAAAACGCGAUACACGUUUAAAAGAUCUCGAAAGUUAUACAGAUAGUUUACUAGUUAAAAUACUUGAACAAUGUCCAACUAUACUUCAAGUAGGCACCUAUUCAUCGACAUCAGCUUAUCGAAAAUGA